CUUCUGCUGAAUCAGUCAGUGCAAAAUGCCGGUAGUGCUGCUUUGUGGCUACCCAUCGUCGGGCAAAACGACUCGCGCGCUUGAAUUGAAAAAGUAUCUGGAAGAAACCAAGCGACGACGAGUACAUCUGAUCAACGACGAGUCGCUCCAGCUUGUGCGCUCGGAAGCCUAUGCCAACCCCACCAACGAAAAGAUGGCGCGUGGCGCGCUCAAGGCGGCCCUGGAACGGCUGUGCUCGCGCGAGGAUGUUGUGAUUGUCGACUCGCUGAAUUACAUCAAGGGCUUCCGCUACGAGCUGUUCUGCAUCUCACGCGCAAUGCGCACGCCUCAAUGCACGAUUUAUUGCGCAGCUCCUGCUGCUGAGGCAUUGGCGGCGAACAUGGCUCGCUCGGAUGACCACGUCACAGAGUCGCAAUUUCACGAACUAGUACAGCGCUUUGAAACACCCGAGGAACGAAAUCGGUGGGAAUCGCCGCUCGUCACGGUGCAGUUCACCGAUCGCAGUGAGCUGCCGUUUGAACACAUUGUGCAAAUCCUGGACGACGUUGCGCGUUUGCCAUUGCCAAAUCUCGGCACCAGCAAUCCACCUGUGGCGCCCGCCGACUUUUUGCACGAGCUUGACACGAAAACCCAGGAAGUUGUCACCUUCCUGCUGGGCAACGCAGCCAGCUUUGUUCCAGGCGACUCUGUUGCAGUGCCGAACAGCUCCGAGCGGUUUAUCGUGCCCGCGACUCUCACCCAGGCUGCGCUGCGAAAGCAUAAACGACAGUUUGUCACGCUCGCUCAAGCGCACGCGCAGGUGCACUCGCGCACAACGGGCGUGCAAUCAGUGGAUUCCCUUUCUUCGCAAUUUGUUCGUCACUUGAAUGCGUCGAUGCGAUGACGCCGGUUAAGGAGGCAACAAAGGACGAAGAGAAUGUACAACGAAAUUACAAGACGUU